UGGUCCAUAAUUAAUUUUAUAUAUAAGCAACAACAAUUACUUUUGCAUUAUCCAGUCGCGAAAAUAACGCCGCAGCGUAAAGAGUAAAAGUGUCAAGUACCUUUAUAAGUAGAUACAUAAAUAUUUUUCUAAAAAAAUAUUUGCCAGUAUUUUGGGAAGAAAAACUAAAAACAAAAGAAGGAGAAAAAAAUUAAAAUAAAUUGAUUAUUAAAAGCUUUCCAACUAAAUUGUUAACAAAAAAGUUAUUUUAUCUGCCAAAAUCAUGCAAACCACUCUGUUGCUUUUGUUGUUAAUGGCAAUUUUGACUGGAUACAGUGUUUCGGGGGACUUACGUUAUCGCGGUAAUGCAGUGCAUCCAGAUUACCCGGGUCAAUGCUACUACGAGGAGCUCCGUCAGCCGAUACCCAAGAAUCAAUCUUACAAACCAAUUAAUCGAGAUGGACGCUGCGAAUCGAUUUUUUGCCGCAAAGAUUAUGUAAUCGAGAUGGAAUUCUGCGGUCGCCACAACCUGCAACCAAACGAGACAUGCCGCAUCGAAUCGGAUAUGCGGCGCGCAUAUCCAGCUUGUUGUCCGCGCUUAGUGUGUCAAACAGACAACAAUUUCAUUUAAUUUGUAAUGGCGACUUAAUUGUUGAAACUUAAUUGUUUCAAUUUCGAAAUGGUCAUUGUUGUUAUUGUGUUAAAUCAUUUGUCACGUUUAUAAAAAUACGCAGCUCUGCAGGCGUAUAACGAGUGUUAUUUAUGUGUAUAGAAAAAGUAGAAGUUUAUGAAGAACAUUUAUUGUAGAAUGUUGAAAGAAUAAAAAAAUAUUAAAAACAAA